AUAACAAAUUACGCUUUACAGCACAAAGCAUUUUGGCGUACUUGCUACGAACGCUUUUAAGAGACAGCUACCGCUGGUUUAAAAUUUGCACUGCGUAAGAGGAUGGUUUUACUAACCAAUUUCUCACCUCCUACUGAAGGAAUCAGGCAUUGUCAGGUCAAUACUUCAGUUGAUGUUGAUGGCAAAGACUUGGGUAACGGAACGCUUUACAUAGCAGAGAGUUGUGUAUCAUGGCAGAAAGACAGCACAUGCACAGGAUUUUCAUUGCAGUACCCAGGUAUUAGCCUGCAUGCCAUCUCUCGUGACCUCACUUCAUUCCCCAGUGAGUGUCUGUACCUGAUGAUUGAUGGCAAGCUUCCUGGUGCAGAAGAAGAGAAAGAGGCAAGUUCUAGCGAAGAUGAGGAUUCUGAGAGUAAGAUCACUGAAAUGAGGUUUAUCCCUGCUGACAAAGAUGCUUUGGAAAGCAUGUACAAAGCCAUGUCAGCCUGUCAGGCGCUGCACCCGGAUCCAGAAGAUAUUGACUCUGAGGAGGAGGAAGAAAAAUAUGCCUAUGAGGAGGAGGAGGAGGAGGAUGAUGCAGGUGUUUAUGAAGAAGAGGAAGGAGCAGCUCACUUGACACCUGCUGGCCGAGCAAGGCUGGCUCAGUUUGAUGCUCUCUUGCAAGGAGGAGAUCCUGGUGAAGUGUUGCCUUCUGCCAAUGGUUAUCAUCGACCAGCACCCAUAAUGGGCAUAGCAGGAGACGGAUGUUCAGCUGAUGAACCUAUGGAACUUGGACAGUUUCAGGAUGCAGAUGAAAUGGAAUAGUUCCUAAAUCAAUGGUCACAAAAGUAAUCUCAAGAACGUGCAGAAUAAGCAGGUCAUGUGCCUGGAUGGCAGCAGCAAGAGGUGUAACAUGAAGCCAUGUUGCUACGAUGCACAAACAUUAUGUGCUGAAUUCUUUCACAGCAAUUGAUAGGCUGGCGAAGAUACAGAGUGUCUGGUGGCUUGAUGUGGUAAUGAUUGAGUGGGUCAGGACCUUUCCACUUGGCGUUUUGAAGCAGUGUGGAAGGAAAUGGACAUUGACUUUUUCCUGUGAGAAGCCCAGUUAAGAAUGGCGUUAUAAGCAUCAAAUCAGGUGAUUUUGAUAAGCUUGGUUAUAAAGCAGUGAAGUUGAGAAAAUAAUGAAGAUGAAUGGCUUUCUCCUGGACAAUUUUGACAGGAGCAUUAAAAAUUUAGAUGUAUUGAUGGUCAAUCAGCAUCAGGAAUGAAACAGAUGCUGCUAAUGACCUCAGGGGUUGUCCAGUAAUUCUUUAUUUGCUUGAUUGGCAGCAUAUGUGCGGCUGUAGAUUUAAUCUGCAGAGCAUGUCUUUAUUAGCAGAUAAUAAAAUGGCAGGUCGUUUGCAUAAGAAGAGGAUUUAUCGUCUCAGUUCUAGAGUAUUGCUUUUACAAUCAUUUCAUAUCAUGAAGUGUAUUCACAUCAUGAAUGAACAUAACAAAGAAGCCAAAAUAUUGGUUUUAGAGGAUAAAAGUGGUAUAAUGCAUUUCAUUGUAAAAGAUCAUUUAUAUGUAUUGUCAUUUAGAACUUUGAAUGUUAUUCUGAUGCUAGUCUGGUGUUUCAAGUUUAAUGAACUAGCAGCAACAUUGUAAAGAAAUACAGUAACAUCCUUUUUUUUGCUUGAGGACAUUUUUACAGAGGUCUGCCUCUUUAUUUUGCUGCUCACAACCUAUCUCUCCAACUUUCACCACUAGCCAUCUUUUAAGCACUUAAAUUCCUCAAAACAAGUUAUGUGGCUGUGCAUUUGCCAGCGUUGAGUUAAAUGUGACAAGAUGUCCAGAAGAGUUAUGUCAAAUUAUGCUGAUAUUGCACCAUCAACAUACCUGGUUUAUUGACAAGUUUGUUUUGUUUUUCUUUAACCUGUUUCCUAUUAAAAUGAAGUGUGAGCGUUCGCACCAUUUGACGAAAUCAGUUUUACAAAGAACAUUUUGCUUGAAUUUCAUUUUCUGUAGAAGAAUGCUUCUAAAUGUAACACAAAGUAGGUUGCAAAGAUGGGUCAUGGUGCUUGUUCUGUUCAAUAUAUUUUUUUGGUAAAAAAAAAAAACCAUUCCUCUAAUAUCACCUGGUCUUCUAUAGCUGAUAAUUUUGGUCAUUAAGAGUCUGUCAAAAUCUCUUGUUAUUUAGAACCUUGAAUGUUUUUUUGAUGCUAUUAACAGAAUGUCUGCCAGA